UUGCUCACAUUUCCCAAAACCCUCAAAACAUUGUUCACCCAAAGAGGGGUUUUGGGGUUAGGAGAGUAUGGAGACAUUGGAGAGUGUUCAAAGCGCAUUCCGCAAGAUCUCCAAAGAUGCCAAAUCGUUGGGUUCUUCAGCUUUCGAACCACAAUUAACAUCACCUUCACCAUCUUCUUCAUAUGGGCCUCCUGGAGUUCUAGCCACCAGACCUUCUAGACAAUGGGUGUCAUUAUGGACUUGCUCAAAGCUUUGUGCGGUUUGCUUUGUUGCUGGGAUUGUUGUUGGCUACACUUUGAAGCGACGAGUUAGGCGUUGGGUCUCCAAUCUUUUGAGGAAAUUGAAAGACGAUUGAGAACUGCUCUCUUCUGCUGGUAUGAUCUUACCGCUUGAAUUAUCAAAGAUACCGAGAAACGAAGUUGAACUCCUUGACCUUUUCCUUAUCUAUUGUCUAAUUACAUGCAAACCAUUAAUGUCGGGGGUGGGGGUAAUUAACUGGUCUUUCUGUCUUACUUUUGGCGUAUUUGUUAUAGUGCAUAGUAAACAUUUAAACAGGCACCCAAAUAGUGGUGGAUUUUUCAAUGUACCUUGGUGAUUCAUAUAUUUGUUAUGUGAAGCAUAGCUUUUGUAGUUUUA